AGCUUCGUAAGUUAUUUUAAGAUACGAAGAAUACUAAGGAUACGAAGAAAUAAUGAAUACCCUCAUUGACAAUAAGGAAAUCAAAACCGGUUUUCGAACCUAUGUAAACAGUAAAACAACGUCCUAUGUAAAAGUAUGUGUUAAUGGUUGGCAAAUUUAUACUUGCAUAUGCACUUUUACAUACGUAUAAUUUUGCAUGAGAGGACAAUGUUGGAGUUUCGAAACUAGUAAUUAUGUACUAAACAACUGAAGAUGCUAAAAAGUGUCUCCGUUUCGAAUUUAACAUAUUAAGUAAGGAUUAUUGUUUUCGAGUGGAUUCCGAAUUAUUUCAGCCAACCCAUCAUUGUAAGUUAUAAGUAAUCUUAUCGAUAUAUAUCGACAAAUAUGUGUGCAUGUGUUUCAGGCCACUAGAGACAAUGGGAGAGGAGAGGACCAACGGAAUUUGGGGGACUCCCUUAUUCCGUGUGUUAAGAUGGGUUCCAGUGAUAUUUAUGGUUGUAACGAUGUUAUGGGGCUACUAUGUUUUUGUCGUUCAAAUUUGUUUGUUUGAAAUGGAUAGCUUGUGGGGAAAGAGCUUCACACUGGUCAUCUAUCACUUAUCAUUUAUAUUUUUUUUCUGGGCCCACUUUAAAACUAUGAUAACUUACUGCAAACCUGUUCCUCCCGAAUUCAAAAUUCCUCAAGAUAUAGUGCAUAAGAUCAAAACUACAGAGAGUGACGAAGAGAUUUCAGAGAUUCUACAAAAAUUUACACACAGCCGGAAAUUAACAUUAGAAAUGCGGUCAAUUAAAAAUCAAAUCCGUUAUUGUGAAAUAUGUUGGAUUAUUAAACCCGAUCGAUGUCAUCAUUGCAAUAUUUGUGGCCGCUGUUUCUUAAAAAAAGAUCAUCACUGUCCCUGGGUGAACAACUGCAUAGCCUUUGACAAUUACAAAUUUUUCGUCUUGUUUGUCAACUAUGCUUUCACCUACUGUUUUCUGGUCACAUGUUUAGCACUACCGUACUUUAUCCAGGCAUGGAAUGAAGAGAUCCGCACUCUUGGCCAACAUCAAAUAAUGUCUGGUUUCUUUGUCGUAGUGAUAUGGCUGAUCCUAGUGACCCCGUUAUAUGCUACCCAUUUGUACCUUGUUCGCAUGAACCGGAGCACAGUCGAGUUCUCGUACCCACCAAUAUUUACCACUGGUCCGGACAAGAAAGGAUUUUCUCUUGGCAUUUUUGACAAUAUAGCGGAAGUUUUUGGGCGUGAUAAAAGAAAGUGGGCUUUCCCCAUAUUUUCUAGUCUAGGAGAUGGAAUUACUUUUCCCACGAGAUACUCAAGAUUAAGAAGUACAAAUGAAGAGUGUAGUCCAAUCUCUGCUAAUGUUGAUCCUUGAUAAUGGACGUGCCAUGACGAAUCUAUCUGCCGAAAUAGUGAAAGAAAACUCGAUACAUAGUUCAACCGGAGCGCAAUUAAAGGUGCAUGAAAUAUGUAGAUAACCUAAAUAUGUUCAGUGAGCAAAUAUUUUGAACGCACAUAGAUUUUUUGAAAGCUUAUGUAUAUUCUAUUUUAUUUACUUACUGUGUCUUCGAGCGGCACAUGCAAUUACAUAUGUACACAUGUACUUAUUGGGAUGUGUGACAUACAUAAUAUGGUUCUCAUAAAAUCAUGAGCAGGUAUCGAGUGGAUUAUCGACAAAAAUGUAUUUGGUAAGAAAGACGUUUAGAAAAUUCUUCACUAAGGAUAAGCAAUUUUACAUAGUGUGCUCAAUAAAUUCGAGAAUUUUUUCCCGCUUUCAUAUCACGAUAACCAGUUGAGAUAAAAAUUUAUUUGGAAUUAAAUUAGAAAGGUAAUUUUAUGAGGAACAACAUACUAUGAGCAAGUUUUGGUUAGUUGCGUAGUUUUAAUGAUAUCGAACGGGACAAACUGGCGUAGCGUAAAAAUAGAACGCAUAAUAAUUUUCACCACAACUACUUGAUUUUCAAUAUUUCAUAGUUCCGAGGAAUUAUGCGAUCAAGAGCGUAUGGCACCACUAGACAUUACCCUUAGGUCCCCUCCCUUACUGACAGAAAAAGAUCCGGCGGACCUCGCACAGAAAGGGCAAAAACCAUGGGGAAAGCGCCAGAAGUGAGAAUUUUGUAAAAUCGUCACCGAUUUCAAAAGAAUUCAAAACUCCAAUUGAGUGUGUCAAAUAGGAUUCUUCAAAUGACACUUUUGGAAGACCUUAGGGUUCCCCGAAUAUGUCGAUACAUAUGCCAUAUUUUGAAAACCGAGGUGGAGAAGAACGAAGCAAUCGGAUUCUGAGCUCCUCUUAAGAGGCACGGUAGGGAAAGUUACAAAAAUAUCAUCAUUAAAGAUGAUAGGGUUUCAAACGUCAAAAAAAUAUACCAGCGACGAAAUGGACGGAAUUACACGCAUCUGGAAUCAGACAACCCUAAUGCGCAAAGAAGUUUUAAAAAAUAUUAUUAUUUUCGGUCUGAGAUGACGUGAAUUAGAAAAAAUCGGGUGGUGAAAGCAGAUUCGCACUUUUUACGCCAAAGCGUGACAAUACGAAGGGUUACUUACACCGACGAGGUCAUAGAGCUGGUAGGUAAACCUCAGAAGUCCAUUCUAUUCGAAACUGGACGUUUGACCUUCAGUAGGUCUCUAUUCUGGCACACGGAGCAAAAAUUGUCAAUAUUGAGCGGCAAAACUAUAUUGUAGAGUUUUUUUCUUACCAACUACUACAUUCCGUGUCACCCGACGUAAUUUUUCUGAACUGUGACAUAUGAUUAAAGUUAGGGGCCUGGGUCUACUCUAAAUCUCACAAAACUUUGGAGCCCCUGAAACAGUGCUAUCAAAAGUUUUGAUUUAAUAUAUAGCAAAAACCUAUCGUGCCUCAAGGUGUAGAUCUGCAUGUAUAGUUCGGGCUCACAAUUUUCUCACAGAUGGAAAUUUCUCGAUGUAACUUCAGUUUCGUAUUCCUAUAUAGUUUAGGCAUUCCAUGUAUAUGGAAGUUUGUAAAUUUACCAAUUCAUCAGAGGGAAAUUUAAAAUAAUUCAAUUCUCGAAAUUAUUGAGCACACUAUGUAUUUCAUCACAAAGUCAAAUUUAAACCUUUUCAACCAACAUCCUAAAUAUGUACUUAUUAAGUAAUAUAAUAUUUAUAAUAUU